UGAUAGUUAUUUUGAGAGAUAAGCAUUUUCGUCGAGGAAAUUUUCACGUUCGGUUGUUUAUUGGAAAUUGAUUAAUUACGUUCAACUAAAUUAAUGAAUUGUCGUUUGAACUCGAACUCGAGCAAUCGAACGACGCCAAAAUAAGUUGAUCGUUCCGAUGUUCUAAAACAAUGGACAAAUCAUGGCUUUGGAAAAAGACUGGAUUCAAGAGCUAGAAACUGCUCUAAAAGAAGAAUACAAUAGCGAUGAAUUACGACGUAGUGACGAUGAAGUUGACAAUAUUACAGAAAUCGCUCGUCCCAAUAUUUGGCAAUCAUGCCUAGGGGUUCAAAAUACAGAUAGUAAAAUUGACCUGUUCGAUGACAUAUUCGAUCUACCAGAACAAAAGGUUCUACGAGAAGAUUGUUUGCAUUUCGUGUCUAAACUAGGGAACAAUGAAGAGGACAAAAUAUCAGUUUUAUCGGAUUUAGAAUCAAUUUUAACAUUUCAUUGCAAAAGUACCAGUAAUAAGAAAAGAUACGAAAGUAAAAACGGAUGGAUCGAUGUUCUAUUACCAUUGAUAACGUUGAAGUUACCUCGUUCGUGCGUUUAUAAUUUAUUCGAAGCUAUUUACGAGAAGUAUAUACCACGAAACGCCGAUAGUUUUCAUUUAUUAAGAUUACUGCUGCUGUAUCACGAUCCUCAGCUAUGUAAUUUCUUAGAUACGAAGAAAGUUACGCCAGAUUUAUUCGCUAAAUCUUGGUUUCAGUCAUUAUUUGCGUCCAGUUGUGAUUUAGGUGUUAUUCUGUCGAUGUGGGAUUUGUAUUUUCAAAAAGGAGAUCAGUUUUUUAUAUUUUUUUUAGCUUUGGUUAUCAUCGUGAACGCCAGAGAAUUAAUAUUGAAUUUAAAUAAAGAAGACAAGACGAAAAUCGUGGAAGUCAUUUCUUUACUUCCGUGCAAUUUGACCGCCGAAGAUGUCACUGAUUUUUGCGCUUUGGCACAAUAUUACGACUCGAAAACGCCAUCUUCGUUUAAACAAGAUCUAGAACAUAUAUUAUUCGAAAAUUUGGAAGAAGUAGAAAGUAAAUCGAAUAGUUUAUUAUCGCAAGCAUUAUGUUUACCAGUCAGUGUAAUGGAAUUGAUUUCCAAUUCCGAAGAAACCAAUGUAAUUUCCGAUUCAGGCGAAGAAAACGUCAGAUUCUUUUUAAUAGAUUGCCGUCCAGCCGAGCAGUAUAACGCCGGUCAUCCACCUACUGCCUUUCACUUGGAUUGUAACUUGAUGUUACAAGAACCGAAUUCUUUCGCGACCGCUGUACAGGGUCUGUUAUCGUGCCAACGUCAAGCUCUAGCCGCUAAUAGUAAAGCAGGCGGAGAACAUUUAUGCUUUUUGGGAUGCGGUGAACUGCUGGCGGAUCAGUAUACCCAUAUGGUGGUCGCCUCGUUCCUUCAAAAGCAUACUCAGUUUGUUAGUAUGUUAACUGGUGGCUAUGAAGCUUUCCACAAGUAUCUGGGUGAUGGAGCUGAAAGUUAUUUAAGAGAUCAUAAUGAGAAACUGUGUCCUGUUUGUGUCAAAGAGAAGGCCUCCGGAAACGGUAAACAGAAGUCGAAAAAAUCACCUCAGAUGAAUGGAAACGUCGAUACCAGCGAGAAAUCGGAUAUUUUUGGAAAAAUAGGUGCUGUAGUCAAAAUGAAAUCAGCCGAUAUAAAGGAAAAAUUCGUCGAAUAUAUCACCAAUCCAAACAAUCUGAAUAACGAAACAGAUCGUCACAUCAGUAGUUCUGAUAAAGUAGGCAAACCAUAUCGUAAUCUAGCUCCUGUAUUCGCCAUUACCGACGAACCAGAUCCCGGUGAAACAAGUAACGAAGACAACGUGUCAAUUACCAGUUCACACGAGUUAAUUAAAGUGUCGGCUUUUCUUGAAAAUCCUCGCAUUGUUACCUCGGUUAAAUGUCAAGAAGUCAUGGUGUCUGGGCAUUUGUUCGAUUGUCAUUUGGUUGCCACAGAUACUCAUCUGAUAGCUAUCAGACGAUCGGAUAAAAAGGAUUAUGGACACGUGACGGUGAAUCGACCUUUGGCUUCGAUUGCUAAAAUCACUUGUCGCAAAAAACAUCCAGAAUUCGUGACGUUUCAGUACGGAUCACCCAAUGAUAUAACUGAUAUGGAUAGGUUCCUGAUACCUAACUCGAGCGAAGUCACCUCAACCAUUUCGAGACAAAUCAUGAAACGUGUUAAAGAAGACGAAGAUUCAAAAAGCGCCAAAAACUCACCGAAAUAGUUGUAAAUUUACAUGUUCUCUUUCUUUUUUUUUCUUUUUAGCGUUAGUGCUGAAGCAUAUUAUAUUAUUUGUUUGAUUACCUGUGAUAGUAUAUACGCAACGGUGCUACAACAGAGUCAUUAAAAAACUUUGACAAAAUCAAUUCGAAAAAUCAACCUACAAUAUUGCGGGCGUACUCGUAUUUCCUGUUUUUCUAGUUAUUUCUGCCUGUACUUUACGAGUAUAUCGAAUCGCAACAAUUUUUAUAUCCUUCGCCGUUUACGUUUUUCGCACUUUUCUAUAUUUUUUACAGGGCGUCGUCGUCGUCGGUUUCUUCGGUUUUAUUUAUUUAUUUUUUUUUUAAAUUCGAAAAUUACAGCUUGAAAUGGUCAAAUAAUGGAGCUGUGUCUAAUUUUAUGGCUAAAAAGGUGACCUAAGUGCCUUAUUAUACGUAUACCAGGUACUUGUGUAUCGAUAUUCUAUACUUCGAGAAAACGAAAUGAUUUUAAUGACUUUGUUAUUAUUGUUCUCAUCAUGAAUGAAAUAUUUACUCGUGGAAAUGCUUCUUUUGUUGAUAGAAUGUUUUGUAAACACCGCUGCGAGAUUGUUGAAUAUAUUAUUUUUAUCAUUGCGAAAA